AUGUCCCUACGGAACCACCGCUUAUUUGUGGCUUUUAUCGCCGGGAUGAUGUUUCUGGUUUUCCAAGCGACACCAACGCACGGGCUAUGCGGUAAGAACGCCAGAGAAAAAAGCUACGAAUGUGACUUGCUGAGCUGCUUGAAUUUCAGUAAGAAGAACCUAAUCCACCCACCCCUGGUCUACGACUCCUCGAAAGCUCUCCAGCCUGUAAAUAUCACCGUCAGAUGGGUAUCAGCUUUGAUACACGAAAUCAAUGACCGAGAGAAUAGUUUUUCAGGAUAUCUUUUUGUAGUCCUGUAUUGGUUUGAUGAGAGCCUUCAGUGGGAGCCAAAGUGGUUCAAUGGGAUCGAAAAAAUCCUCGUUCCACCGGAAGACAUCUGGAAGCCGGAACCUGUCCUUUAUUAUCGGAGUGAGCAAGCUGAUAGAAAGGGCAAAAGAAGAAAUUUCAGGCUGACCGAAAGCAGCGUACAGUUGAGGAAAAACGGACGAAUACACUGGAAUCUGAGACUGCAAUUUACAAGCCACUGCAAGAUUGACUUUACAAAUUUUCCGGCCGAUACUCAAAGAUGUUUCAUCAGCAUCUACUUCCUUCCGGCAGAUGAAAGCCAGAUGAAGAUAAUGGUUAUGAACAACUCAUACAACCAUUUCUCAUUUAGCCCAAAAUGGGUAGCUACGAAUAAGGCUGCUUGCGUAAGGGAUGGUCACUACAACAACAGCAGCAACAACAACAACUACACCAACAGCAACAACAUCAACAACAUCAACAACUACAUAAACAACAUAAACAACAACAACAUCAACAACAACAACAUCAACAACAAAUGCCUUAAUGAACGCGACACACACAUUGUUGCCAGACGCUUUACUCGAUGGACAUUCAACUAUAAAAAACCCUUCAAAUCUCGAUCAAACAACGCCCUAUUCUCUCUCUACAACUACUUCUCAGAAAUGCGGGAGAGUAGAUUCGAACCCGAGACGAGCCAGCUACUGAACAACGAGUGGAAACAAGUGGCUGUGGUCAGCGAGAGGCUCCUGUUCUACUGUGCUGUCGCCGCCUUCUUCAUCGUCUCGGUGGUCGUCCCCAUCGAAGUCUUCGAACAUCAGCUUGAUCUGGCGGGAGAUUACUGA